UCUCAAGUUCAAAUUUUCGUAUCUUUUAUCACGAUAGGCAGUUUGUCAAAUCAGCUGAGUACAAGAGCCUGCGCAGAUUUUGUAAUCCAAGCCAGCUUGAUCGCCGCUUGGGUAGUUUCAAGUGGUCUGUAUAGGAGCUCGUUUGCUCUUCUUCCCUGCAACAAAUAAUACAGACAAACAUGACGGAUGCUCCUCUUAACACUAAUACAGAUGCGGAUGAUGGGUUGCAUGUGCAGAAGGAUUAUAAUCUUUUGGGAGAAGAUAACGGCACAAGAAUGAAAUAUGAUGUUGGGUGCAAUGUACUCUGUCUCUCAAAAUGGGAUAAUAUAUAUCAUUCAGCUGAGAUUAUGGAUCGACGAGACAGCAGAGCUGGAAUUGAAUAUUACGUUCAUUACUUGGAUCAAAACAAGAGACUUGAUGAAUGGGUUCCAUUUACAAGGAUCAUGGAUCCAGUUUCAGAAGAUGGGCGUGGAGUUCAGUUAGAAGCUGGAAAAAGGCUUGCCCCAGUGGCUGCCAUGGGCAUAUCAAUUACUGGGGGCCCAUGUUCAGCUGAUUGCAAGCUGGAUAAUUCAGGUACAUUGGAUCGAAAGCUGACUCGAAAUCUAAAAAGGCGCUAUGAUGAAAUACACAAUGUACAAAAGAGUACAGAAGAACUCACACCCAUGGACCAAACACUUGAAAAAGAGCACGGAGAGAAGACAAAAGUAAAGAACAUUCAGGUUGUGGAGCUUGGCAAAUAUGAGGUUGAUACCUGGUACUACUCACCAUAUCCUGAAGAAUAUACUAAUAUAGACAAGCUUUAUAUAUGUGAAUUCUGCUUGAAAUAUAUGAAGAAGAGAAUGACAUAUAUGCGACACAUGAGAAAAUGUGGCUACAGACACCCACCUGGGGAUGAGAUUUACAGGACUGUUGUUGUGGAGCAAUCUGUAGUGCCAUCAGAGUGUAAACGAGUUGAUGAGUCUACAAGUCAGCAAAUUAAAGUGUCUGAAAAGGGAGGGAUGCAGCAGAUUCUUUCUGUAUUUGAAGUAGAUGGUGAAAAGAACAAAUUAUACUGUCAAAAUUUGUGCCUUCUUGCAAAACUUUUCCUUGAUCACAAGACACUUUAUUAUGAUGUAGAUUCUUUCUUAUUCUACAUUUUGACUGAGAAAGAUGAAUAUGGACAUAAGUUGGUUGGAUACUUCUCCAAGGAAAAAUAUUCUGUUGAAUCUUACAAUUUGGCAUGUAUAUUGACACUACCGCCAUUUCAGCGAAAAGGAUACGGACGAUUUCUUAUAGCACUUGCUUAUGAGCUCUCUAAGAAGGAAGGAACAGUGGGUACCCCAGAGCGUCCACUUUCUGACCUUGGUCAGGUGAGCUUCAAAAGUUAUUGGACACAAGCCCUUUUGGAAGUUCUCCGUGGUCACGGGGGGAAUUUAUCAAUUAAGGAUCUAAGUUCCAUGACCGCCAUCCGCAGUGAUGACAUUAUCAACACUCUGCAGCCAUUGAAUUUGAUCAGAUACUAUAAAGGACAGCACAUUAUCUCUAUUUCAGCAAAGGUCAUUGAUGAACACUUGAAGAGCACUAGUUCACGAUGGAAAUGGUUGAUUGACCCUACAAAGCUUCAUUGGAUGCCACACACCAAUCCAUUCACAAGGAGGCCAAAAUAAUGCAUUUUAUGAAAAUAAAUUGAUCUUCAAGGGCAAUACUUAUGAUAAAUGGUUGAUUGAUGCACAAAUGAUCCAUUACACCUAUUCAUGGAUAAGGCUGGUGAAACAAGUCAUCUUGUAGGCCCCAAUUUUGGAUGUUGAUUCGACAAAGAUAUUGAAAUUGUAAUAUGCUUAGGAAAUUAAAGUUGUUUUGGUAGUUGAAAAAUAUCUAUUUUUUCAUAGUAAGGGAUUAUUUUUAAAAUACAAUUUUUGAAUGGUAAAAGAUAAUUCAAAAAGGGAGUUUUAAGGAA